AUGUUUGACUGGAUCAGCCACAACAAGGAAGUGUUCCUCCAGAGCCACACAGAGAUUGGGCGCAGUUACCAGCACGCUGUGGAGCUGCAGACGCAACACAACCACUUCGCCAUGAACUCCAUGAAUGCCUACGUCAACAUCAACAGGAUUAUGUCAGUGGCUAGCCGCCUGGCAGAGGCCGGGCACUACGCUUCCACGCAGAUCAAACAGAUCUCUGGUCAGCUGGAUCAGGACUGGAAAAGUUUUGCGGCUGCGCUGGACGAACGCUCCACCAUCCUCGCCAUGUCGUCCGUCUUCCACCAGAAAGCUGAGAAG